CAUUGUUUAAAAAAUUCCUAAUGUCUCGGAGUGGGAGGAGGCGACGAAGAGGGCGAGAGAUCCGUAGGGUUGGCAAUGCCGCGUUGGCUGCCCACCUUCCCUCAUCCUCGCCGCUGCUCGAUCAUCGCCUUUUUAUAGCGAUUCGAUCCCUCUUGGAUGGAUUCCGUCGCUGGUUCUCGCGCCAUCUCCGCCGAGUCGUUGUUGCGUCAUCCUUAAUCAAGACAAAGCAAUCCGGAACGCGGUAGGGAGGAGGAAUCAGAACAAGGGUUUCUAAGUGAGCCGAAUUCUGGAGGAGGCCGCCAUGGAACCUCAAAAGAUGGGAACGCUAGACAAUGAAUUCUUCACAGAAUAUGGUGAAGGGAGCCGGUAUCAUGUGCAAGAAGUUAUUGGAAAAGGAAGCUAUGGGGUAGUCGGGGCUGCAAUUGACACCCACACCGGAGAGAGGGUGGCCAUCAAGAAGAUCAAUGACGUCUUUGAACAUGUGUCUGAUGCCACUCGAAUUCUGAGAGAGAUCAAGUUGCUUAGGCUGCUACGCCACCCUGACAUUGUACAAAUUAAGCAUAUAAUGCUUCCUCCAUCGCGAAGGGAAUUCAAAGACAUUUACGUUGUUUUUGAGUUAAUGGAAUCAGAUCUUCAUCAGGUUAUAAAGGCAAAUGAUGAUCUCACACCUGAACACCACCAAUUCUUCUUGUACCAGCUUCUAAGAGCGCUUAAGUAUAUCCAUGCAGGCAAUGUUUUUCACCGAGAUUUGAAGCCAAAGAACAUUCUCGCCAAUUCAGACUGCAAACUGAAAGUUUGUGAUUUCGGUCUUGCCAGAGUAGCAUUCAAUGAUGCUCCAUCAGCUAUAUUUUGGACUGACUAUGUGGCUACAAGGUGGUAUCGUGCUCCUGAAUUAUGUGGCUCAUUUUUUUCUAAAUACACACCCGCAAUUGAUAUUUGGAGCAUAGGAUGCAUCUUUGCAGAACUGCUCACAGGGAGACCUCUGUUCCCGGGAAAGAAUGUAGUGCAUCAGCUGGAUCUCAUGACCGAUCUGCUUGGCACACCUUCAGCUGAAUCUAUUGCUAGGAUUCGAAAUGAGAAAGCUAAAAGGUAUUUAAGUAGUAUGAGGAAGAAACAACCUAUCCCUUUCCAUCAAAAGUUUCGUGGUGUAGAUCCUUUGGCUCUGCGUUUACUUGAACAUCUUCUAGCAUUUGAUCCUAAAGACCGGCCUACUGCUUCGGAGGCAUUGGCUGAUCCUUAUUUCCGAGGCCUGGCAAAUGUUGACCGUGAACCUUCGAUACAAUUAAUAUCGAAACUAGAGUUCGAGUUUGAAAGGAGAAAAUUGGCAAAAGAUGAUGUGCGGGAGUUGAUUUAUCGAGAGAUCUUGGAAUACCAUCCACAGAUGUUGCAAGAGUAUCUACGCGGUGGAAAUCAAACUAACUUAAUGUACCCUAGUGGAGUAGACCGCUUUAAGCGGCAAUUUGCUCAUCUUGAAGAGCAUUGUGGUAAUAAAGGUGAUACCAACGUUGCUAUUCGACAGAAUGCCUCUUUACCAAGGGAGAGAGUUGGUGCCAAUAGAGACAGAGCUGCAGAUGAUAAUAAUCGAUAUGAAGGGCACUCUACUCUUGAAAGUCCUACUAGAUCACAGAGUGGGGAGAGGUCGGAUCAGCCGCCAGUCACUAAUGUAAACAGAUCAAAGAUUGGUGCACGUAGCUUGUUGAAGAGUGAAAGCAUCAGUGCCUCCAAGUGUGUAGUGGUCAAACAAAGAAAGGAUAAAGAAGAGGAAACAAGUGAGACUACAGAUCAUACGGUUGACGGGUUGGCUUCCAAGUUCUCACAUUUACAUUCUUGAUAGGAUUUUAAGAUCUAUGGGUUGCCUCCAAGCUACACAAUUACUUUCAUUCUUGAAAAGUCAACAUGGUGUGCAAGAUGCUUCAUAGUUAACUGAUACUGAUAGAAUAUUGGUCAUGGCACGCCCAAGAGAAGCACUUAGCUGAGGUUAAGAGAUCAGCUUCGCAGCACUCCGUUGUCAUAUUUAUUUGUGUGACAAUUCUAUCUGCUACAGGCUUGCACCAGGCAGCAGAAGACCUCUUUAUUUCUGAAUUGUGUACUCUCUGGCCAUUAUCGCAGGAAAAUCUGCAUAACUAUAACAAUUCCACUGUUUUGAGACACCUGAGCAGAAGGUUGACAAGUGUUAAUCUUUAACAUUGAAUUACUUGAUACUGAUGAACAUCUUGGAGAAGAUAUGAAAGAUGUUUAUGCUAUCAUUAAAAAAUUUCUGCAAGCUCAUUAAUCUAUGCUUGUUUCAGAGCAAUCUUAGGUUUGCUUUUU